AUGAUGAUGAUCCAUAUCGGCGCCCUACGCUUGCUUACUAUUGGGAACAAGUGACAGUGUACACAGGAAGCUCGCAUGUGCGAUACAAGUGCUAUAUGAACGAGCUGGACACCUUGACUGCUGAGCAGGUACAUUGGUUGCCUUAUGUGGAAGAUCGUGACUUUGAUCUUAAUGAGAUGUGCACGCGUGAUAGCCAUCUUUGGCGGGCGAGGUGCCCAAUGAUAUGCUUCUUCGCAGUCGAGUGGCACUUUGUAGACCGUGUGGCAAGACAAUUUGGAAAAAGACAAGGUAUUCCAAUUGAGGAGAGCAAGGAGGAAAUGCUAUCUCUGCAUCGGUUCGAUCGAAGGAACAAUCAGGAUAUAUCGGAUUGGGCAAACAAACACCGUGCGUGGAUAGAAAUUUGGAAUCAAAGAGACACGUUAGUGCAAUCAGAGAAUAGACCUCACAAUCAGUCAGCAUAUCAGAAGUAUCAAGUGUGGUAUGCGGAUCGUUACCGGUUAAAGCUGAAGCCAGGUUGGACUCACGAGGAGUGGUCGGAGUUGGUGUCUGAAGACCCGGAGACUGCAGAAGGUUAUCAUACCUUCAACACGGCUGUGAGAGACACCAGAGGGGCUCAUGUUGACUACGCACCGAUGCAUGACGAAAUGGGCAGAGAGUUGCUUCUGUGCGUCAACGAUGCCAAUGUUGCACUGAGUCAUCCACCUGGUGGUGCAUUAUCUGAGAGGACUCUUAGGAGCACGAUGGAGAAGUUCAAGAAGCGGUUCCAUAAGAUGGCAGCUAUGCUUUCUUGCCAUGGUGCUCAGUCCAGUGAUGUGUAUGCACCAGGUAGCCGCGCCGCCAGAGCUAAUAAAUGGUGUUAUGUCCAGAACGAAGAGGACAUAGAGGAGGAGGUCAAUGAAGAGGAGCCAGCACAUCAAGAGGAGCCAACACAUCAUGAUGAGCAUGAGUAUGAUGCAACACAUCAAGAGGAUCAUGAGUAUGAUGUUGAUGCUCCACAACCAUCACAGGUUACACAACCGACACAAGGCAAUGCCCGCUCUAGAAAAGGCAAAGCAAUAGCUAAGACACCGGGCCAGAAAGGUAGAAAGAAGAUAUGGAACACUCAAUUCCAUAGUCCGGAGUAUCCUCAUCAAUUUAUGCCUGCGGGAAUGCAAAGAUAUAAGUCGAACAUUGAUGCAGAGGCGGAGGAGGCUAGCGAAGAGGAGGAGCAUGAGGCUAGCGAAGAGGGGGAGCAUACACUUGCAGAUAUCGUGAAGAGAGGAAGGAAGAAGUGA